GUUUGUAAUGAAUAUGGAAAAAUCCCUUUAUACGUGACUGUAACCAAAAAGAAAGUUUGUUUUGGUUAAAUAUCUAAUGAUGAAUUAUUUUGAUCUUUGUCAUUGCUUUAGCUGAGAAAUUGUUGUUUACGCUGAUUCGAAGGCAACCAUCUAAAGUUUGGGAUUUCCCUGUUUGAAAUUGAAAUCGAGGCUGAAAACGUGGCUAUGAAAACGUGGAGUUCCGUUCAGUCGCGAAACGUAAACACAACAUGAUGAUGGAGGAAUCAUCUGACGAGUCUGCAGAGCUGGUAGACAAGGAAGAGGCUGUCACUGCUGAGAAACAGUUCACAGCCCAGCAGACGGGCUCAGGCACAAAUGGAGAACUUGCACCCCCAGCACCACUGCCAAGUUUUAUAACAUCACCCGGGAACUUGCCUUCUAUGAAAGCUGGGUCGCCACCCCCUACGACCCCUACCAAUGUCCCACAGUCUGUAAAUGUAACCAUGGCAUCCACUGGUGCAGGUCCCACCCACAGCCCUGGGAGUCCAGGGCCUGUUGGUGGACAAGCAACAUCUUCCAGCCAGGGCCUGCAGUCUUCAGCAAGUUUUCAGCAGGUUACAGCUCCAGGUCCUCAGCAGAGUCCAUUUGAGGCCAGUAGUGCCAUAAAUGUUAUAACCGAGCCUGAGACUGAUAUCUCAGUCCUGAAACCCAAUGCUGAGCGAGGGUUGUUCAGUUGGCUUUCGGGCAACAGGAUGAUCUCCAAGGUGAUGGAAAAAACAAAGUCUUCAGUGGAAUCCAUGAUCACAACACUGGAUCCAGGCAUGACAGAAGUUAUAAAGUCUGGGGGAGACGUGUGUAUCGUGGUGACCUCAACAGCUGAGACCAAGGUGGGAGCGGUACGGGAGGCCUUCCAGACAGUCUUUGGCAAGGCCACUGUGUACGGAAAGGCAAGCACCGCGACGACUGCAGCACAGCCGGUGGGUUUCACUUCCGGCGUUAAAGGGGCCCAGGAACGGAUACAGAACCUUCGCCAGUCGGCCAGCAUACCCGACAACCAGCCAAUUGUGUCCCUUGAGGGAUUCAUUGUGGAAAUGCUUCCUGACAGAUGGUACGAGUUAAGCUGUCUAAUUCUUCAAGACCCCGUGCACAGAAUUGAUCUACAGACAUUUUCCCAGCCCGCCCCAAUACCAGCUGAAUACAUACUGAAAAUCCAGGACCAGACAGAUAAAGACUACCCGCUGCGCUGGUCUGGUUUUAGCGUGACAGUAGGUCAGGUGAUAGAGGAGGCAUGUCCACACAUAGGUCACACUGACUGGCAGCUAGGGGUCACUGGUGUCAGCAGGCGGGAAUCUCUGUGCUUGGCAGCAAAAGCCCUGGCGUACAUGUACAAGCAGAGACUGCCCACGUCAUUUGAGUCUUGAAGUGUACUUGUUGAUUUCCAGUCAGUCACAUUAGAAAUUAAAUGUAAAUGUUGUACAAAUGUACAUACAAUCUGGUGUUUUAUUUAUUGUCCCCUACCGGUUUCACCGGAGGGAACUUAUGGUUUGCACUCCGUCUGUCUGUCAGUCUGUCUGUCAGUCAGUCCGACACACUUUUCUGGAUCCUGCGAUAACUUUUAAAGUUCUUAAUAUUUUUUCAUGAAACUUGCAACAUGGAUAGAUGGCAAUAUGGACAUUAUGCACGUCAUUUCAUUUUGUUCCUACGUCAAAAAUUGUGGUUGCUAUGACAACCAAAAAAAAUAAUGAAACAAUUCUGAAAAUGGUGGAAUUUCCAACAAUGGUGGAGCCAGUAGGGGACCAUAUUGCUUGACAAUAGCUUUGUUGAUAUAUAUAUAUAUAUAUAUAUAUAUAUAUUAUAUGAUGUAUUUAUGCAUGGAUCAAUAUGUGAUAUUAGCAUUUGCGUCAUUAUUAUGUUUAGGCUAGGGUACUGUUUAUUUGAUUUUUGUUUAUAGAAGGCAUUCAAUUGAUUGUGGUAAUUUUAACCGAUUUUGGAACAAGACAUAAUAAUAUUACAUGUAACACUUGUGAAAUCCAUAUUAACAGAUUGCAGAUAUUCAAACAAGCCUGUAAUCAAAUAUGCUUUGUGUUUUACUAUAAAAGUAGGUGCAGAUGUAAUACUUAUUUCACUAAAAACGGAAUUCCUUGUAAAUUUUAAUAGCAAUAACUGUUACUAACUAACAUUAACAUUAAGAAUGAUAGUAAAUUACAAUCAGUGUACUGAAUUUACUUAAAAUUAUUUUGUUAAACAAAAAUUGAAAUAUAACUCAAAAUAGCAAAAGUCUGUAACUGUUUUUAAAGUAACGUUAAGUUAGAAACAACAAAACAAGAAGUGAAGUAUAGCAAAAUAUUUUGAUAAUGUGAAAGCACAUUAUAAAAGUGCUGUUACUGCAACAUUAUUCUUAUUUCUAAUGGUUUUAGGAUCAUUCUGUUAUGUAUUACUGCAGGAUGUUGCUGACAAAACUUUUGUUGAUAGUUUUGAAUGUUCCUGGCUUAUCAAACAUUGUUUUUUUGUAAUUUGCAAGAUCUUCAAUGCAAAAUUUCUUCAAAUUUACGACCUUAUGCAAAUAUCUGGCUUUUAGGGGUCUGCAAGGUUUUAUUUUCUCAAAUGACCUAUGUAUUGGAAUUCAGUACAUAGGAAGCUUGUGGGGAACUUGUUCUCAUUGUAUUUUGGAGAAACAUACAUGAAAGACUCAGCUAAGGAGCCGUAAUACCAAUGCACUGAGUUUGAGUUGGAGAUUAAGUUUAUUAUUGGUGAAUACAGCUCUAGUUUUGUGUUAAUUCUUAAAUGAGCCACAACAUGCUAAAAUGUUUCUUACUCCAGAUGCUGGCUUCAGUCUUGUCAGGACCUACCCUGUCAGCUGUAGUAAAGCAAUGUUUCUUACUUGAGAUGCUGGCUUCAGUCUUGUCAGGACCUACCCUGUCAGCUGUAGUAAAGCAAUGUUUCUUAUUCCAGAUGCUGGCUUCAGUCUGGUCAGGACCUACCCUGUCAGCUGUAGUAAAGCAAUGUUUCUUACUCCAGAUGUUGGCUUCAGUCUGGUCAGGACCUACCCUGUCAGCUGUAGUAAAGCAAUGUUUCUUACUUGAGAUGCUGGCUUCAGUCUGGUCAGGAGCUACCCUCCAGAUGCUGGCUUCAGUCUGGUCAGGACCUACCCUGCAGAUGCUGGCUUCAGUCUGGUCAGGACCUACCCUGUCAGUUGAAGUAAAGCAAUGUUUCUUACUCCAGAUGCUGGCUUCAGUCUGGUCAGGAGCUACCCUGUCAGCUGUAGUAAAGCAAUGUUUCUUACUCCAGAUGCUGGCUUCAGUCUGGUCAGGACCUACCCUGCAGAUGCUGGCUUCAGUCUGGUCAGGAGCUACCCUGUCUGCUGUUGUAAAGCAAUGUUUCUUACUUGAGAUGCUGGCUUCAGUCUAGUCAGGACCUACCCUGUCAGCUGUAGUAAAGCAAUGUUUCUUACUUGAGAUGCUGGCUUCAGUCUAGUCAGGAGCUACCCUGUCAGCUGUAGUAAAGCAAUGUUUCUUACUUGAGAUGCUGGCUUCAGUCUAGUCAGGACCUACCCUGUCAGCUGUAGUAAAGCAAUGUUUCUUCCUCCAGAUGCUGGCUUCAGUCUGGUCAGGAGCUACCCUGCAGAUGCUGGCUUCAGUCUGGUCAGGAGCUACCCUGUCAGCUGUAGUAAAGCAAUGUUUCUUACUCCAGAUGCUGGCUUCAGUCUGGUCAGGACCUACCCAGUUCUUACUCCAUAUGCUGGCUUCAGUCUGGUCAGGACCUACCCUUCAGAUGCUGGCUUCAGUCUAGUCAGGACCUACCCUGUCAGCUGUAGUAAAGCAAUGUUUCUUACUCCAGAUGCUGGCUUCAGUCUGGUCAGGACCUACCCUGCAGAUGCUGGCUUCAGUCUGGUCAGGACCUACCCUGUCAGUUGUAGUAAAGCAAUGUUUCUUACUCCAGAUGCUGGCUUCAGUCUAGUCAGGAGCUACCCUGUCAGCUGUAGUAAAGCAAUGUUUCUUACUCCAGAUGCUGGCUUCAGUCUGGUCAGGAGCUACCCUGUCAGCUGUAGUAAAGCAAUGUUUCUUACUUGAGAUGCUGGCUUCAGUCUUGUCAGGACCUACCCUGUCAGCUGUAGUAAAGCAAUGUUUCUUAUUCCAGAUGCUGGCUUCAGUCUGGUCAGGACCUACCCUGUCAGCUGUAGUAAAGCAAUGUUUCUUACUCCAGAUGUUGGCUUCAGUCUGGUCAGGACCUACCCUGUCAGCUGUAGUAAAGCAAUGUUUCUUACUUGAGAUGCUGGCUUCAGUCUGGUCAGGAGCUACCCUCCAGAUGCUGGCUUCAGUCUGGUCAGGACCUACCCUGCAGAUGCUGGCUUCAGUCUGGUCAGGACCUACCCUGUCAGUUGAAGUAAAGCAAUGUUUCUUACUCCAGAUGCUGGCUUCAGUCUGGUCAGGAGCUACCCUGUCAGCUGUAGUAAAGCAAUGUUUCUUACUCCAGAUGCUGGCUUCAGUCUGGUCAGGACCUACCCUGCAGAUGCUGGCUUCAGUCUGGUCAGGAGCUACCCUGUCUGCUGUUGUAAAGCAAUGUUUCUUACUUGAGAUGCUGGCUUCAGUCUAGUCAGGACCUACCCUGUCAGCUGUAGUAAAGCAAUGUUUCUUACUUGAGAUGCUGGCUUCAGUCUAGUCAGGAGCUACCCUGUCAGCUGUAGUAAAGCAAUGUUUCUUACUUGAGAUGCUGGCUUCAGUCUAGUCAGGACCUACCCUGUCAGCUGUAGUAAAGCAAUGUUUCUUCCUCCAGAUGCUGGCUUCAGUCUGGUCAGGAGCUACCCUGCAGAUGCUGGCUUCAGUCUGGUCAGGAGCUACCCUGUCAGCUGUAGUAAAGCAAUGUUUCUUACUCCAGAUGCUGGCUUCAGUCUGGUCAGGACCUACCCAGUUCUUACUCCAUAUGCUGGCUUCAGUCUGGUCAGGACCUACCCUUCAGAUGCUGGCUUCAGUCUAGUCAGGACCUACCCUGUCAGCUGUAGUAAAGCAAUGUUUCUUACUCCAGAUGCUGGCUUCAGUCUGGUCAGGACCUACCCUGCAGAUGCUGGCUUCAGUCUGGUCAGGACCUACCCUGUCAGUUGUAGUAAAGCAAUGUUUCUUACUCCAGAUGCUGGCUUCAGUCUAGUCAGGAGCUACCCUGUCAGCUGUAGUAAAGCAAUGUUUCUUACUCCAGAUGCUGGCUUCAGUCUGGUCAGGAGCUACCCUGUCAGCUGUAGUAAAGCAAUGUUUCUUACUUGAGAUGCUGGCUUCAGUCUGGUCAGGAGCUACCCUGUCAGUUGUAGUAAAGCAAUGUUUCAUGGUCUAAUUGGGGGACUGGGUAGCUCCUGACUAGACAGGGCAAAUGCAUAGGGUAGUUUAGAGCUACCCUUGCUGCAUUUGACAUGAAAAACUUUUAUGCAAGAUGUGGGUAAAAUACGUAUGCGUUAUUGGUGCAUUCUCAGUUUAAGUGUAAAUUUUUGUGUUAUUUAUUUUUGUAUGAAAAUAGGUUUAUGUUUAUAUUUUGUUAACUAAUAUCUUAGUAUAUGUUCCUACAUAGAAACAUUUUAUUUUAUGUUUGUUAAUUCGUGUGUUUUUUCUUAUUGUAGAUAUAUUUGGUUUAUUUAAUCACACCGUUUAUAAACUUGCUGGUGUUGAAUGGAUUAAUGUGUCGUGUUAAUGAGUGCAGAUUAAUGAUAAAUUCAGAAGUUACACAGUAUUAGCAAAUGUGUAAUCUGCAAAAAUAAUAUAUUGAAUUUGUUGAAGCAACUAUAUACCCAGAGAUUCAUAGCUCAGAAUAUUGAUAUGAUGCUGGACCAUCUUCAUACCGUCUGUGUUUUUAAAAGCGAUGGGGGAAAAAAGUGCAGACUACAGACAAAAUGAUGAAAUCAGUACAUGUACUUCUAUGCAUAUCCCUGACAUUUAGUUUCUACGCAAACAAUUUUAAUCUGAAUGAUUACUUUUUAAAGUUUCUUUUUUGUAGCAUUGAAUUGGAAAUAAAUCAUUUAUUAUAUGUAGCUAUUACAUUACGAUAAAUCUAGUCUUUCCAAAUCGUUAACGAAAUAAAUAAAUAUUCAACUUCUAA